AUGGAGCUUUCUCGCUCCGCGCGCAUCACCAUCCUCCUGGUCAUAGAUGUCAUCUUUUUCUUUGUCGAGCUCGUAGUGGGAUAUGUCGUCGGAUCUCUGGCUCUCGUCGCCGACAGUUUCCACAUGCUCAACGAUGUAAUGAGUCUCAUUGUUGCACUCUGGGCUGUCAAGGUCGCCGGCCGCAGGUCGAGGGACGCGCGCUAUUCGUACGGCUGGCAGCGUGCUGAGAUUCUAUCUGCCCUCGUUAAUGGUGUCUUCCUCCUUGCCCUAUGCUUUUCCAUUACCAUGGAGGCCAUCGAGCGGUUCUUUAGCAAGCCUGACGUUUCGAACCCAAAGCUCGUUGUCAUCGUUGGGUGCUUGGGUCUCGCGUCGAACGUUGUUGGCUUGUUUCUCUUCCAUGGUAAGCUAUACAUAGCCCAUCACUGCUCGCACCACGGUCACGGUCACGAGCACGAGCACGAGCACGAUCGUGACCACGGAGCGUCUCUUCCCCUCGAAAUGACCCGCGUCGUUAUAGCAGAUCCUAGUCAAAUAGAACGAGGCGAAGCAGAUAUUGCAAGGGACUCGAGCGUGCGUCGACGUUCUCGGGAAGAUUCAUAUCCCGGAGCGUACGGCCACCCCGCGGCAACUCGAGCCUCAAUCGUUCAAGCCGCUCAGGACAUGACCUCGAUUCACACUUCGUCUUCUAUUCGUCGUUCAGGAGAACAUGAUAGUCAUUCGCACACUCAUGGCCACCGCUCUCAAGGAGCCCUGUCCUCCGCCGGGCAUGACGCCGAGCUUACCGGCCACAAUCACGGUCACGGCCAUUCGCACGGCUCUAUGAACAUGCACGCCCUCGUUCUGCAUGUCAUGGGCGACGCGCUUGGCAAUGUCGGGGUGAUCAUAUCAGGUCUUGUCAUCUGGCUCACACCAUGGCCCUCAAGGUUCUACCUCGAUCCCGCAGUCAGUCUCCUUAUCACCGUCAUCAUCUUCGUCUCCGCAGUUCCCCUUGUCCGCGGUGCGUCCGGCGUCCUCUUGCAGGGUGUCCCUUCAGACAUCUCCUUGGAGGACGUGCGCAGAGACAUUCUCACUAUCGAUGGUGUCCUGUCAGUGCAUGAGUUGCACAUUUGGCAGUUGUCCGAGGCAAAGGUCGUCGCUUCUGUGCAUGUGCUCGCAUCGCGGAGUCACGAAUUUAUGCCGGUGGCCGCUGCAAUCCGCAAAGCGUUGCACCUGCACGGGAUUCACUCGAGCACAAUUCAGCCCGAAUACCUCCCAGACACAGGGGCAGCUGAGGAAGUGCAGACUGUGUCUGAUGACUUAUCUUGUCUCAUCGUGUGUCCGACGGAUCAGAAAUGCGAUCCUUCUGAGAAUGCAUGCUGUCGUAAGUGCACAUUGAUGUUACUAUCUCCGGUAACUGAUAUCCUGUCGCGUUAG